AUGACAUCCAAAGCUGUUAUCCUUAUGGCCCUUAUCGCAGGAACCUUCGCUGCUACAAACAUCUAGAAGAAACUCGGUUAAAUGAACGCCAAAAACCUUGCUCAAAACGCCGGAGGUGGAAGUCUCGGAGGAGAUGUUGGUGGUGACUGGAACUGCGAUUUAAGCAACUUAGGUUAGAUCCCCGACAUUGAACUUCCAGAGUGCCCAUGCAAUUUAAAAAUAUAUCAAGCUUAAGUAAUGUAGAUAGAAAUAAAAAUGGUGAACUUCACUCAGCUACCAGGUCUUGGUGCUGGUACCAACACUGGAUUCUCAUAGGAAGCUUUAGCUCUCCAGUAAUCCCUCUUGACUCAAAUCCCAGAUACCCAAUACUCUCAAAUCUGCCAAUCAAACUGCUGUGCUUGUGAAGAGGAAGCUCAUGCUGCAUACUAGAAUGAAGCAAAGAACAGAACCUUCGUUAUUUCAGGAUCUAUCUCAGUCUUGGAGACUCUUAGAAAGAUCGAGUCUGGACAAGCAAGAGAGAACAGUUAGGGUCAAUCAGAGAAGAGCACCAUUUGUCAAACUAACAACGCUCAAGGUGGACUCGGAGCUGGCCAAGAAUGUCUUACUGCCUCAGUAUGCCCACCAAGCGUUCAAUCAGGUGGUGGUGCAGUUCAUCAAGGUGGAGUCGGAUUCGCUAUAUGA